AUCAUUAACUGGCCUGUGUAGGCGCGCGUGCGGUUUCUAUCGUAUCUAGGCUAAAUAGAAUCUUAAGCUGCUGAACGAUGCAGUGUCGCCACUUGUUUCACAUAGUCGAAAUGCUGGCGUCUGUCGGAUACCCGGAGCGCCUCCGAGCGAUAAUGUGUUAAGCGUGCAGUGACCAAUGAGUGGCGUUCUACAGUUUUUCUCAAGCUGGAGUUCGAAGUUGCUUGUGACAUCUUCUUCUGGUGUUAAACCUGUCAUAAAUCCAUAAGUUCUGCUUUGUUGAGCCCUCGCUAUAAAACUAGCAGCUUGUAAACUGAUUCAGAUUCCGGAACAACCAGUAAUGCUAACUGCCGUACGGUAUCAGUCGCAAGUUCCGUCGGUCCAGUCGCUCGAAAAGAUUAGUUAAUAGAUGCCAGAGUAUUUCCGGGACGGAGUGUGUUCAUUACACAGACGUUUCAUUCGAUCACUAAACGACUCAAUCAGGCAAAAUGGCAUCUCCAACCCGUCCGUAUGGCGUCCGCUUCGUUCCCGAAAUGCCUAAAAAUUCUCCCAUGGAGUUGGGUCUUUCGUUGGCGUACGCGUCCUCGUUUGACGGCAUCCAUACGAUGAUUCAACUCGUGUGUUCGCUUUGUGCGUUCGUGACAGCCGUCAGCUCGCGGACUCAUAUUUACACGCUUACUGAACUAACCGUCUACGUGGCUCCCAAGCCAACACCCAUAUUUGUAAUUGCCUCGAUGUUCUGCCUUUUCUAUGUUGACUUACUUAUCGUUGCAGGAGCUACACUGUCUAAUUUUGAUGCCGAAAGCCUUCAGUCAUCGCUUUUUUACCUAAUGGCGGCAACCUCUGGGGCUAUCUUUAGCACCUGCGCCUCGGUAGCCUUUUUCGUGGAGGCAGAAAACAGUAUCGACUAUGCGCUUGGAGAUGACUGCCGCAAAGUGACCAACUGCAUUCCGAACAGAGACCUCCGUGUUUGUUCUAUCACGGAUAAUCUCCUCAAGCGGAGUCUCACGGCUAGGCUCGUCUCCACCCUGAAUCCUGCGACCGGACCCAACGUAUGUCCGCCUAACGUGAUUUAAAAUGAUCUCUGGUGGCCUUGAAAGUGGCCUUGGGCGUAAAGUCGUACUUGACUCUUACGCUGACUGAUUUCUGUGCAGGCUUUUCCUUUUUUCCUCUGUUGCUUCUUGUGCGUGGUUUUGCCCCUAUUCUGACCAUGACCUAGGUGUGGUAAUCGAUCAGCCGCGAACAGGUUUUAACCAUGUGUCUUAAUGAUACACCGUCAAUUUUUUCCGGAUGUGUGUAUCUAGCGCUCCUCCUUCUUUGCUUUUUUUCGUAACUUCUUCAAAGAUGUGCAAGAACCUAACGGCAGAUUUUUUAGCAACCACUACGUCUAGCAUUGAGGACCCAAUCGUCGUUGACAUUUAACCGGGUGAGCAAUGAGCUCCAUCUUACAUUACUUCAACAGCGUCGUUUCUCUGCUAAUUAACAAUCCUAUCAAUAGGCUUAUCACAACUAUUGCAGAGGGAUACUGCAUUGUAAGAGGAAGAUAUUUUUCUCAGCCAUUUGCGAUCAGCAUGGUCUUGGUCUUUUGUGAAAAAUUUAUUUUCAGAAAACUUAAUUUGAUGCUUAAACGAACCACUGUAUUUCAUGUAACUAUUACGGCCAUUGACUCUACCGCCUUUGCAUUAUCAAGAGCGGCCUCUUUCUUGUCUUUAUUCUUCCCCCUAAGUUUUGCUUGUCGUCCACUGUCUCAUUGACUACAGUAUCUGGUACAGGCGGUAAGUUUCUGAGUGCUGAAGGGAGAAGUCAUAGGAGCCUCGUCUAAGUUUUUCUUCAGCUUGUUUUUCUCUGCUGUGAUUGUCUUCGUGCGCCUACAGGGCUUAUCUAAUUUUAUAGUCUAAUAAUAAAUGCUACUAGAAGUAGUGGUUUUUCUGCUAAAUUUACAUAUCCACCGCUUCUUGUUUGGAGUUUUCUUCCUCUAGUCUGUAAAACCCCGUCUCUAACCUCGUGAACUAACUCAACUUCGAAUUGUCUUCGCAUACUGCUGUAUUGUUUUUUCAACUCCUUCAUUGAAUCAGUUAGUUUGACGUAGCAAUAUUCUUAGCUAGCUAGGUGUUCGAUAUUUAUCUUUUUCAUACCCUUUUUUGCCCGUCUGUUAUUUGUGACAGAUGCAGGUGCAAUUUGAAGCUGGUGCGAGUCUUAAGAGACUAUGCAGUACGUUUUCGUGCCUGAUUCUAUGUUGUCAGUCUAUUCUGUAUUCAUAUUAUAUAAUAAUGGGUUCUAUUCUGUCACGUGAAUAUGUUCCACUUUGCUAUAUCUUCCGUUCCCUGAUUCCUUUCUCUCCCCAGCUUUUGCCCGUCUUCAACUAGUGUAGUGCCUGAAAGAAGUAUAAGCCCAUUUGCUAUACUUUUCUAUUAUUUCCAUCUUUUUCUCCUACCAUCCCAGGGCACGUUUUCCACACCUGUGUAUUCUCGAGUUACUUCGAGGAAUAGCUCUUAAAGCAUUGCGUUUGAAAAGGUCAAUUCUUUUACAGGCGAGCUUCACCUCCUUUGGUGCCUCUUAUAGUUUACGUAUCUUACGCUAAUUAUAUUGAAUAGUUUUUCAAGCUUUCGUCGUUGCUGCUGAACGACUAUUGUGUGAGAUGCAUUGCCUCCACUUGAAUGUUUAAGGGUGCUCACAUGGAUGCUAAAAGCAAAUCGUAAAAUGCGACGUCUGCGAUAUCGGAACAGCCCUACGAAGCAUUAUAACUCGGAUUUAUUUUUAAAGAUCUGAGUACUGCAGUAUGUUGCCUAUGUAUCCUACAGGAGUAUUCGCCAUUUUGGAGACGCGUAAUUUUUAAAACGGUAUUUUUUUCUUUGAUCAUCCUUAUUUAGUAAUUAAUCCCUUAUAUAUUUUUAAAGAUCAAAUGAUUGAGGGGUUAAUUCGCUAGUAGUACAUGUUACUUCGUUCAGCCUGUAACAACAAUAGU